AAGUUAUACAGAUUGGACUCCAUAUAUUUUUGUUACCAUAUUGUGAAAUUAGUUCAUCUUUGAUACCCAGAUAUCGUUUCUGAGUUGGAGUUUCCGAUGGAGAACAACCAGCAAUCCUUUUGGCAAUUCAGUGAUCAGCUUAGAGUCCAGAAUUUGAACUUGGCUAAUCUUUCGCUCAACGAUUCCAUCUGGAGCAACGGAUAUCUCCCGAAGAGGCCCGAUGAGAGGAGGAAUUUUGACAUCAGAGUCGGAGGCGAUGUGAACUCCGUCAACGGCUUAAAGCCGAGAGUCUCCGAUUUCAACUCUUUCAGCAACGACGGCUGGAAAAUCGGAGCCCCUAGCAACACCAGCAACAUCGGCAUCGGGUUCGGUCCGAUUGGAUAUCAGAAUAAUAUUGGGGUCAACGGAGGGUUCAAUAAAGGGAUAUAUUCGAAGCCUGUAAACAACAACACUUUCAAUGUUAAUUUGAAGGGUAAUAAGAAUAAAGGAGAGGAGAUUCAUGGAAGCAAAACUGGGAAGAAGAGCAAUAACAAGAAGAAUAACAGCAACAACGACAACUAUAGCAACGAAAAUAAGGAUAAGGAUGGGAAGAGUGGUGCUGAUAAGAGAUUUAAGACGCUGCCGCCAUCGGAAUCUUUGCUUAGGAAUGAAACUGUUGGAGGCUAUAUUUUCGUCUGCAACAACGAUACCAUGGAAGAGAAUCUCAAGAGACAGCUCUUUGGUUUGCCUCCACGUUACCGAGAUUCAGUCCGGGCAAUAACUCCUGGCCUGCCUCUGUUCCUCUACAACUACUCCACCCACCAACUCCAUGGAGUUUUUGAGGCUGCAAGCUUUGGUGGAACAAACAUUGACCCAACUGCCUGGGAGGACAAGAAAUGCCCUGGCGAAUCACGAUUCCCUGCUCAGGUUCGUGUUAUUACAAGGAAAAUCUGCGAGCCACUCGAAGAGGACUCGUUUAGGCCAAUCCUCCAUCACUACGAUGGUCCAAAGUUCCGCCUCGAACUCAACAUUCCCGAGGCGCUUUCCCUGUUGGAUAUAUUUGCUGAUCAAGGUGAUAGCUUGGGUUCUGAUAUUAAAUUCUGAGCAAGAUGCUUGAGCACAUACAGAUACAAAUACACAGAUAAUGAAGGGAAAGAGUUGAAGAAUAACUAA